AUGGCACAGCGCAAGCUAGGCGGAUCUGGUGCACCGCACGACUCGUUCGACGACGCCGUCGAACACCCUCACCCUCGCUCCGCCUCCUCAUCGAGUGCGAGGCGAUCCGCCGAUCAAGCGGCCGCAGACGACCUUGCCGACUCGCGCGGUGCCAACGAGCGCACUGCACUGCUGGGGUCGACCACUUCGCGCGACUAUGCGACCGAGGCGAGGCGUGACCGCCGUGCACUCGCCGAGGCAGGCCACCCAGACGCUGAGGGCAGGAGACGUCCGUGGAGUCUCAGGAUCGACUUUGCCGUCGCCCUCCUCCUCCUGAUUGCCAAUGGCUACUUCUGGACGAUGAGCAUGGCGGGCGUGAGGGGGCAGUUCGUCGCCAACACCGCGCUGCCCAAGCAUGCGGGUAGCAUGGGCCUGCCCGUCCUGAUCUCGUUCCUUGCUUGCGCUACCAAUACCGCCUCGCUUCUCGCCUUCGCGGUCCCGCACGAGUCGCCCAUGCUCGCAUUCUACACCUCGAUCCUCACCGCCAUCUUCGCCCUUACGACUCUCAUCAUCUCUGUAUCCGUCACCCAACUUCGCGUCGUCGAGGGUCCCCUCACCUUUAUCGUCCUGUCCCUCGCGAUCGUCUCAGCCCUUCACGCCGCUCUCUCUGCCGCUCUGACCGACCGCUACGCGCCCAUUCUUGACCCGCCCGAGGAACUCGACCCCGACUACGAGCCCGACACGGGCUGCUGGUCGAGUACGAAGCACGGUCUGAGGUCCUGCCUUGGCUUCCUCGGCAUCUCACUCCCCAUCGCCGCCGCACACAUCGCCAUCCUCGUCGGUUUCAUCCUCAUCAUGAUCAACGCCAUCGUCCGUUCAGUCGAUGCGAGCGUCGAGCAGCCCGGACAGCGAUGGAAGGUUCAGCCGUGGCUGUGGCAGAGGCGCAACUUCCCCGAGCUCGGCCAUGGGUUCUUCCAGCCGAAAGGCCGCGAGUACCGCGUCCACCUUUCUUGCCGAGGCAUCGGUCUCGACGACCCGCCUCAGCUCAUCGCUUCGCCCAGCAACACCAGCUCGGCGUUCCAGCGCCCGACUGUCCGCCGCACCGUUCUGGUUGAGUCGGACCGCGGUAUCCCCGGCGCUCUCGACGCCGAGUGGGUCCUCAAGAUGCUCCGCGAGGGCGACCUCAACUCGGGCGACAUCGAGGUUCGGGUUUGCUUCUGGGACAGGCCCGGCUACGGGUUCUCGGACGCGUCAAGCACGAGCUCUGCGCCGCACAUCGCCAGCGCGCUCACCCAGGUCCUCAGCGUUUCGGGCGAGCUGGCCAGGCUCGAGCCGCCGCCUUCACUCGAGGGAACGAACGAUGCUGCGACGGCCGGACCUCCUUCGCCCCUCGCCCGUUCCGGCUUGAUCCUCGUGUCGCGCGGCGAGUCAACCGCACUCACCUCGCUCUUCGCCUCGAUCCACCCUCGCAUCGUCCACUCGUUCCUGUACAUCACGCCCGUCUCGCCCUCGACGCACUACCUGUCGCCCGCUCGUUCGCGCUUCCGCGCCGUUCCGGCCUUCUUCACGCGGACCAUUCCCGCGUUGUGGACAGAGCUCGGCAUCAAGCGGACAUGGUGGGCGAUCCGAGGCGUUCCUCGUCGUCGCCGGGUUCUUGCCCGCGAAGGCGAGCGCGUGAAUGGACUGAUUGAGCGCGCCGGGCUGCAAGAGGCGCACGAGCUCGACCUCGGGCGGGAGGCAGACGGUGCCAAGGCGUGGGAGAGGAGGAGGGGAAGGUAUCCGACACGCCCGACUGUCGUCCUCGGCAAGAGCUCGGUCGGUGACGGCGGCAGGAAGUUUGUCGACGACGUCGUUGGCGAGGGGCUGCGCGAGUGGGACAGGGAGUGGAAGGGCGGCAAGAGCGGGUGCGGGUCGGGAGGCGAAGCGGAGCAGAAGUGCAGGGACGCCGUGAGGUCGCUUCUGAGCCUUGACUGA